CUGGGGGUGGAGGAGAGAGUGACAAGAAGUUUUCUCUUUUAUCCCCCCUUCUUAUUCAGUUGAUCCUUUUCCUCUCGAGAGGAAAAAUAUUAACAACAUCUCACAAAGCUUCUAAUACUUCUCAGCCAUAUUGUGAAGAAAGACACUAAAGUGGACAUUUUCUCUGAGCCAGUGAGCAUACACCAUGCCUCAGAGAUUAGUUUGGGGCACAUGGAGAAACAUACUGUAAAAUAAUCCCCAGUUCCUCCUUUUCUCAACUUGUAUCCUCCUGGGAUUUGCUGCUGGGGUAAGUCACUAGAUGUAUUUCUCAAAGGUCCCCCCUCUAUGAGCUGGAAGACGAAUGGACCAUGAAUACUGCUGGGGCUGGGGGACGGGGACAGAGAGAGCUAGUUGUCCAACACUUUGGGAAACGAGUAGUUUUUGUCAUCUUCUGGGGAGCAGGCAUAGAGACAUACACUGAGUGAAAAUGGGUGGAGGAAGAACUUCUGUACCCACGAACAACAUGUGAAGAGAGAGAGAACCAAACAUAAAGUAAGGAGGAUACACUUUACAUUGAAGAGGAAAUAAUCCAGGGAAAGGAAGAGCAAGCAGGUCAAGAUGUGUAGCUCUGUGGCUGCCAGGUUGUGGUUUCUGACAGAUCGUCGCAUCAGGGAAGAUUAUCCCCAGAAAGAGAUCUUACGAGCGUUGAAGGCCAAGUGUUGUGAGGAGGAACUGGACUUCAGGGCUGUGCUGAUGGAUGAGGUGGUGCUGACAGUUGAGCAAGGAAACCUGGGUCUACGAAUCAAUGGAGAACUAAUCACUGCCUAUCCCCAAGUGGUGGUAGUGAGAGUUCCAACCCCUUGGGUGCAAAGUGACAGUGACAUCACUGUUUUGCGCCAUCUAGAGAAGAUGGGAUGCCGGUUGAUGAACCGACCUCAAGCCAUCCUCAAUUGUGUUAAUAAGUUCUGGACGUUUCAAGAAUUGGCUGGCCAUGGCGUUCCUCUGCCAGAUACUUUUUCUUAUGGUGGCCAUGAAAAUUUUGCGAAAAUGAUCGAUGAAGCAGAAGUACUGGAGUUCCCAAUGGUAGUGAAGAAUACACGAGGUCACAGAGGCAAAGCUGUUUUCUUGGCUCGAGAUAAGCACCAUUUGGCUGACCUAAGCCAUCUUAUUCGCCAUGAAGCUCCAUACCUGUUCCAGAAGUAUGUUAAAGAGUCUCAUGGACGGGAUGUACGCGUCAUUGUCGUUGGAGGCCGUGUGGUUGGCACCAUGUUACGUUGUUCAACAGAUGGGAGGAUGCAGAGCAACUGCUCACUAGGUGGCGUAGGGAUGAUGUGCUCGUUGAGUGAACAAGGGAAGCAGCUAGCUAUCCAGGUGUCCAAUAUCCUGGGAAUGGAUGUGUGUGGCAUUGAUCUGUUGAUGAAAGACGACGGCUCCUUCUGUGUCUGCGAGGCCAAUGCAAAUGUAGGUUUCAUCGCCUUUGAUAAGGCUUGUAAUCUAGACGUAGCUGGUAUCAUAGCGGACUAUGCCGCCUCCCUUCUGCCCUCUGGCCGGCUCACCCGGCGUAUGUCCCUGCUCUCCGUGGUGUCCACGGCCAGUGAGACUAGUGAGCCGGAGCUGGGUCCCCCAGCCAGCACUGCUGUCGACAGCAUGAGCGCAAGUUCCAGCUCUGUUGACAGCGACCCUGAAAGCACCGAGCGAGAGCUGCUCACCAAGCUCCCAGGGGGCCUGUUCAACAUGAACCAGCUGCUAGCCAAUGAAAUCAAACUCCUGGUGGAGUGACUCCACUGGUAAAUAAUUAACCAACAAAACCUUUGUAAACCUUACUUUCUUUUUCUUUCUUUCUUUUUUUUAAACCAACUUGCAAUGCUGUUCAUGAAGGGUGCUCAGGAACAUUGAGAGAGAAUUAGUAGAAUUAGUUGGAGAAGAGAGGGGGGAGAUAGGUGAGACCUCUGCUAGUAAGGUAUUACUGGUUUUCAUUUACCAACCCUACAGAUGGAGAGGCAGAAGUGGUGGGAUAUAGAAAAACGCCAGGCUCUCAGUUACCCUUUUAAAUUAAUAAAAACUAUUGUAUGCUCUCAAGCUAUGAGGAACAUACACAUUGUUUCAUAGUUCCUCGCUUUUAUUUUUGUACAAAAAACGUUUUGGUACAAAUAGCUGAGUAGUAUAGCUUCAUAUUGUGUUGCAAGAUUUAUAAUGGGUAAAAAAAAAUCUGCCUAAAUUUUGGGAAUUUUAAAAAUAUGCAAAUCUGAAUAUUCUGCCAUUUCCACAUCAACUAGCAGCUUUAAUUCAUAGUUGUUUAUGCAAUCUCAAGGUGCUCUUUUAUUGGGAUUUAUUUUUGUGUUUUGUCUUUGCUUUUUCUUUUAAUUUGGGUGGGAGGGCAAAGAGUAUAACCCAAUAAAGGCUCUUUAAUGACAAAAUUGGCAUGUUUGCAUGAUGAAAGGGAAAUGAACAGUAUUGCAAUGUCUGGGUACAAAAUAACAUUUACUCAAUGUAGAUAAAAAUUACGCUAGUUUAAAGUAUGUGCAUUGACUUGUAUUUGUUAUUGUUUUAGUCUUUUUUGAAAGAUAUAUGCUCUGUUAAUGUUGCCCUUUUUUUUUUUUUUUAAUACAUGCUAGUCUAACAUUCCCUGCUCUAUGCCUGUAUCUUUAACAAUGGCCAAAGUGAAGAAAAUGCUACCUUUUUCGUUAACAAGACACUGACUUGAAACAUGUACACUUAAAGCCUUUUAUUUUUUCCAUUUUUUUCUUUUGGUGGUUGGGCAUUUAAAGAAUAAGGACAAGGAAAGGAAAAAUAUUUUGGGGUGGGGGGAAUCAAGGGCCUAUAUGUUCUUAAGUAUAAAUUGAAGUGAUUUUUAAUACCAGUGUUAACAUGCAUUUUUCACAUUUUACGAGGGAGUAUAUAUGUAUGUGUGUGCACGCA